AUGGAUCUCUUGUUGCCCUGGGAGCACAAAGUUUGUGAGGAUUGCCUAAAACGGAACCCUCACGCCAUUUGGCUGGUCAAGUAUGGCUGUUUCGGUAACCACCAUUGGAAAAAAAGCAUCCAUGUGGUCAUUGACGACGAGAACAUGGAGUUAGUGAGGGUGAGACCUCCUCCAAGUACAAUCCAGGGCCAGUUUCACAUGUGCAAAAGGGCUGGACAUUGCUCUAGAAGCAGUUGUACGUUUGCACACUCUGCUCUUGAGCUGGACAAAUGGAAUGCCAUAAAAAGUAUGCUAGCUUGUGGUGGGAAAGGUUGCCAAGUGUCUGCUCGAUCCCCUUCACAAAUUUGCUCAGCUUGUUUCAAUGCAACCCCCCAAGCUGUCUGGAUGGCUUGGAUGCCUUGCAAGAAACAUUGUAACAAACCCAAGGUUACCGCUGUUAUUAGCUCCGAUGGAAAGUGUCUGGUGAAAAUUCGUAAACCAUCCUCCAUGGCAAUGACGAUUCCCGCACAGCUGAGGUCACAUCCCGACUGCAAGCACGUGUCAUGUCUAGACCCCCACAGCCCAGAGGAGCUGGCCUAUUGGAAGUGGAGAGUGGACACUGAGAGAAUGUGUAGUGCCCUACAACACAAAAUGUUAGGUCAUGUGAGCUUUAGGGAUAUGUGCAGCAAAUAUUUGUACCCGGAUCAGCAGACAGUACUAAGGGGGGUCACUGACCCACUUUCAUGGGAUAACUACAGAGGGAAGUUCCACAAACUAGUCUAUCUGGAUAAUCUAGAGCAUGCUCGGAAAAUGGUUACUGAUUGUGAUGAUGAGCUGAUGGUCAGUCGUGAAUACGCAGAUCAAGUGCUGAUCAAAGGGAUGGAGAACUCAGCGAUGGAUUAUGUGGCUCAAAACACGCCCCCUUGUACGGUGCAGAUCAGAACAGGAGUGACGCUAUUAAACGGAACGUAUGACAGGAGACGAGAUGGUGGUCUCUUAGUACGACUCCAUCAGUGCACUUCACCAAAGGAUUCUUUCAAAGCUUACGUACACUUUGAGUACAAUCACUGGUACUUUUGGAGACUCCAUCUUGCCAUCUCUUAUGCUCAUCCUGGACUAAUUGAUAACUUGGUAAAUGCAAAAUUGCCACGCUAUCGUCCCCUACAAUGGGAAGCUGUGAACAAGAGGAUAGCACUCAAGAUUGACAAUGAGUACCAAGAAAUGGCUCUUAAAAAGAUGCUUCUUUGCAGGCCAGGCUCUCCAUUUCUAUUAAUGGGCCCCUUUGGCACCGGCAAGACACACCUCUUGGUUACGGCCAUCACAAAGCUUCUGAAAACAUCGCAAACAAAUCGAAUACUCAUUUGUACCCACCAAAACAAAGGCGCUGAUCACAUCUGCAGUCUUCUGAACUCUCAGAAAUUCAUUGGACCUGCGUUAAUUGCUCGCUUAUACCCUGACGAUAAAACUAGAAGUCUACCUCAACAACUUUGCUUCUCCAUUCGCGACACUAAUGUAUCGCAGUUAGUAUCGAAGGGUGUCAUAAUAACCACCUUUAUGACAGCUCUAAGACUCAAGGAAAAAGACAGAGGUGAUCAACUGCACUUCUCCCAUAUUAUCAUUGACGAGGGUGCACAGUCCCGGGAGCCGGAGGCACUGGGAGCUUUGCUCAUGGCACAACCAGACACUCAUAUCAUCAUUGCUGGUGACAACAAACAGGUUGGUCCAGCUGUUUCAGUGUACUGUGACCUUGCCAGAGAGAAUGGCCUCGGGGUAUCGAUGUUGGAGCGGUUGCUGGAUCUCUAUCAAAAUGAAUACAAAGACAUGAAGCAACUUAAUUUCCAUCGCCAUUCUCUCCUCACCAACUACCGCUGUCAUCCUUCCAUACUUUUGCUAGCCUCCAGUUUAUUCUACGAGUGUACACUGCUGAGCCGCAGCACCAGCAAGACACACCCCUUAGCCCCCUACCCUAUAGUCUUCCACUGCUCUUCUGUUCAGCAAGAUAGAUUGAAAGUGUCUGAGACGUCCAACAGAAAAGAAGCAGAGCUGCUUGUUGACAAGGUGGCUGAGUUUAUUGAGGCGUGGCCACUAACAGAGUCAGAACACCACCCUCACAUUGCUAUAUUGGCUGGCACUGCUCGCCAGGCGGAAGAAUUACGUCGGAAAUUGAGAUCGAGGGACCUACCAUUUCAUGUGGAGGUCACUUACACCUACACGAUUCAAGGUAGUGAGUUCGAUGCUGUGUUCUUGAGUACCCACGAACCCAUUGACAACGAAGGCAAACCAGUCAAUGUUGUGCGGAGCAUUUGCAACGAAUAUGUCUUCAAUACAGUCAUAACGAGAUCUCGGUCACUGAUAGUUGCCGUGGGUAACCCGUUCCUCCUCAUCAAGAUGGGCACAUACUUUCCCAUUAACUGUUGGUCUGAGCUGAUUCAACGAUGCAUUACCUGUCAAUCCUUCUAUCUGCCCCAGGGCAUAAACACGCCUAGAGCAGAACUCCCAAAGAUGAUCAGUACACUUACAGAGAGGGUUCUUCCUACUGAAUUGUUUCAAGACCUCUACGAGCAAAAGAAUGAAGAAGGAGCUGACGUCCUCCUUACGAACUACAUCAAGCUACUGAACAAGCGUGGGGAAUAUUUCUCUGGUUUAAAGUUGGUUCAGGACCCUCGGAGGGGAGAAAAGGUGUGGCAAAUGGAAGAAGAACCGGAGUCUGACCACAUUGUAUUGGGCGAGCUCAAGUUAAACACCCACCACAAGGGGGUGGUCAAACCUCACGGUGGCCCAGAGAUUAAAGUGACCUCAAUGCGAGAGAGACGAUGCUUUUUUGAUGGUGAUAAGGUGCCAGUGGACACGAGAACAAAUGAGAUUGUUAUGAACGAGGAAUUUGAGCAGAAAUUUAAUGAGGCCCACUUUGGAAAACCAAUUGUUUGUCGUGUCAAUCCACUGAAUAUGAUUGAGUUUAUGCCUUUAGACAAGCGAUGUCCUAUUCUUAUCAACCUACCUUCACUGACCAAAUUUGAGCGAGAUGGUGUGAUAUGCUUUGAGCCGAGCAGUCUUAACGAUCGGGUGAAAGUCAGUAACUUCAUUCCCAAAGACCAAGCUCGAAAGAUGGUGUUUGUGGUCAAGGUUCUUCAAUGGAGACAGCAAUUUUCCCAUCCUCUUGGCAUCACUGUUGGUGCCCUUCCCUGCGGAACCUCUAUCUACUCAGGGGACCUACUUCUUAAAGUGACAAACCAUAUCCCGAUGCAAAAUAGCUGCACUGAUUUUAAUAAUCCACCAGAUUGCAGCCAACCUGACAUUCGGCCCUUCAAGGAUGUGAUAACCAUCGACCCUGAGGGCUCUACAGACCAUGACGAUGCUCUCUCCUGUGUGCUGCUAUCUGGUUUAGACGGAUGUCACGAGUACGAGUUUGGUGUGCACAUAACAGACGUGCAAAAGUUUGUCCCCAAAGACUCCAAGUGUGAUUGUAUUGCAAGAGAGAGAGGAUGCUCCGUGUACAGCUCCUCUGAUAAUUGUGUAAGUCACAUGCUGCCAGAACAAAUCGUCACUGCUGCUAGCAUCCUUCAUGAACAGACAAGAGACUCAUUCUCAGUUAUUGCUCGUGUCUCCAUCAAACAGAAGAAAGUUGUCGGAAUUAUCCGUUCAAUUAAGAUUUUAAAAAGCAAGAUCACUUCGUCCCAAGAGUUAACUUAUGAACAGGCUCAGAAAUUUAUUUUUGCCAAAAAGGGGUGUCGACCAUUCAAAGCACUCUGGGCUAUUGCUUGCCAUCUCCGAGAGCAAAGACUUGGCCAAAGAGCAGCUGCACACAUUCAAGCUCGUAGAGAAGAUGAGAUAGCGCAUCCUGAGGCACACACCCUUGUCGAAGAGCUUAUGAUCUGGGCCAACCAAGAAGUAGCUGUCAGGCUGUCCGAUUUUCAUCCUAUGGUUCUUCGAUGCCAGCAACCACCUAGUCAAGAUGAACUAGAUGAGUUGGUAGCAGCUCAUGGUCAACAUAUGGCUGUGUCGCUGGACCUCCAACAACAUACGCCACAAACACAAACCUAUCAGAAUGUGCAAGUGUUACACGAAACAAUCAGAGAAAUGGGAGUUGCGCUGAGAGAAGGAUGUGUGAGGACUGCAUUGCAUCGAGUUCAACUUGAACACCUCCAACCACAAGUGGCUGUAGCCCAUGCACUUUACCGGCAAAUUUGCACUCCUUCCAUUUAUUGCAUAACAGAUGACACAGACGAUACAGAUUAUUCCCACAAUAGUCUCCAAUGCGAUCUUUAUACUCGUUUUACCUCCCCAAUCAGACGCUAUGCUGACCUGGUGGUUCAGCGAAUGCUGUUGGCCAAUCUGCAAGACAAGGAGAAUCCUUACGUUGGAAAAGAAGAGGAAAUCAAGGGUCUUUGUGGAGCUCAGAGAGAGAGGGAGAGAGAAAUGAACAAAUACGAGGAUGGUAGGCGCAACCUGGUCUUGGCGUCUAGCCUCCAGCAGUCCAGUAGGGAGUAUGUGUGCUUUGUGAAGAAAAUUGAAAAUGGUAAACUGUUCACAGUGUUUUGCGAUCCUUCCUUGAAGAUGGUCGGUGAUGUCUACUUAAAGCACCUCAAUGCCAAGACGAUUUCUCAGAAAGAAUCGAGCCCCGAACCUGAAGAAGAGGAGUCAGCAAAAAAAAGCUCUUGCACCUGGCAAGUCAAAAUGGCGUCUGCAAAUGGAAAACCGAAAAGCUUCCUCAAGAACCCUUACCUUGAACACAGUGAAAUUGGAGCAGACAUUGAAAUUGUCUUUUUCACACCUGAGCAUGAUCGAUCUGAACCAGACCAAAACUCUGAUUUGGAGGAGAAGAGAGUGAAAGCUUCCAUCAGACCAUUUACACAGAGUGUGCCAGCUGAUAAUUGGAGACAGCUGCAAGGUUACGCCCUCUCCCCACCCUCUAACGCUGAUGCUGUGAAGAAACUUCUCCCCAAACCACCUGAAUUGUCUCAGGGCAAGUUCCCGGACAUCACCCACUCCCCCUUGUGGGUGUACGAGCUGCACCGUCCCCUGCAGAGCUGUGAGGUGCUAAGAGUGCAAUGGACUGGCUGCUUCAACAGCAACACCCAGAUACUCUCUCCGAUAGUCCAGCUGCUUGAGGUGGGGCCAAACCUACGAGUCUGUAUCCAGCACAACAGCAACCCAGCCGAAUGCUUUACAGAUAUAUCUCUAACCAAACCUCCCAAACAAGGCCAUACUUCUAUUGAUCAAUACUUUCAUUACUGGGAGAGAGUUAUUCUUGCGGAGGCCGCCACAGCUAGCCUUACUGAUACAGAGCUACUCAUUAUCACGAAUGUAAAGCUGAUCUGGCCCACAUUAAAUGAGGUCAUUGACUCGCAAGGUCAAGUGUUCUACCAACUGCCAACGGGUGGACGCAAUGACGAGCCACAGGAUUAUUGUGUUUGUAUGAAGCUGAACAAGAGCUUCGCCACAUCUUCCUACGAUUUUUUCAACAUAGUAGGCGGUGACUUAUUGUGUGUUCGUUGUUAUGAGAGUGUGGGUGGUGAUGGUGUGCGGGGAGUGCUCCACAUGGUGGUCCAUUCGACGACUCAUGACGAAGAGGCAGGACCAAUCACAGUGUACCUCAAAUUUGUUGGGGACCGGCCGAACUACAUCAGUAAAACGAUGAAAGAAGCUCUAAGCAAACUUACCUUUGAGGUUCAACUGAUUCCUCUGUCUCUGCCUUUCAGGCGUAUCUACAAUUCACUCAAGAACCUCCGAUGGUCAUGUAGCAAGUCUCUACCUCGUAUGACUGCCUUGGGCAUAACUAAGUGUGGAGAGAAUGCUCCACACAUCAGCAAGCUCUUGCCUAAAAACGUAGCAAGGGUGGCCACUGCUCUUUGGAAAAGAAACCCACAAGCCAGUAAAGGGCAGAGUCAAAAUCUGAACAGCUAUCAGCGUCAUGCCAUUGAGCUGGCAUGCAGUCACCCGUUCGUCAUGAUUCAAGGACCUCCUGGCACUGGGAAGAGUGUGACUGGAGCACACAUAGCAUAUGCUUUGGCUAUGAAACUGGUAAAGGAGGUCGGAAAGGUUAGAAGGAAGGAUGGCGAACGUACCUGUGUGAUGUACUGCGGCCCCUCCCAGCAAUCAGUCAAUGUUGUACUCGACAUUCUCAUCUCGUCUAAAGAAGUGCAAGACUCAGAUCUAAAGAUUGUGCGAGUGUACAGCAAUGCCAUUGAAAGGAAUGAUUUCCAGGGUCCAAAUUACAAUCAACUAAUAUUCCGUCCACUGAAAGAUGACGGAAAGUGCGAGGAAAAAUUCAAGAAAUUUUCUUUACAUGUCUUGAUAAGGCAACAAAAUCCACUCAUUUUGGAGUAUGAUAAGGAGUUUAAGCAACUGAAAGAAGGUAACAAAAUACCAAGCUCCCGAAAGAGAUCCGAAUACCGAAAAAUGGUUAUGGAAGCCUCCAUUGCUGUACUGCAAGACGAUGUUGAUAUCGUGCUGUGCACCUGCAACGAAGCUGGUAGUGGGCGAAUCAACCGCAGCAUAAAUCCACAGUAUUGCAUCAUAGACGAGUGUGCCAUGGCAACAGAGCCGGAGUGCAUGGUGGCUAUUAAAAGAGCAGAGAGUGUUGUGCUGAUUGGUGACGACAAACAGUUACAGCCCGUGCUCCUGAACAAGGACGCCAAAAGAAUGGGGAUGGGAACCUCAUUAUUUGAGAGGUAUUGCAAGGCUGGUGCACAACCUCACAUGCUCAAGACACAGUACAGAAUGCACGAGGUCCUUUGCAAAUUUCCGUCAAGGGAGUUCUACAAUAGUGAGCUUCAAACAGAUCCGUCUGUGGCAGUGAAGUAUUCUCCCAUCCUGGGACGUCUGGCCAAUUUCUGGCCUAGUGGCAAGAACACUCCAAUGAUGCUGUGCAAUGUGGUAGGGACAGAGGGAGAGAAUCACACCGGACAUAGGGGGUCCGCCAAGGUCGGCCUUGAGUCCAAGAGGAACAGUGAGGAAGCCAAGACAAUUGCUGAAACAGCUCAAAAGCUCAUCUCUGAGUUUGGUGUGAAGGCACAGGAGAUAGCAGCUAUCACUCCUUACUCUGCUCAGAAGGAAGAGAUAAAGAAGUACCUCGAAAGAGAGAACGUUAAGGGUGUGACCGUCAAGACCAUCACAGACAGUCAAGGUAGUGAGUUUGGGAUAGUGCUACUGUCGACAGUUCGUUCACAAGAGUUGUGUAACUUGCGCACAGCCAGUGGGGAACGUAGGAAGACUGACUUUGGAUGGAGGAGGGAGAAACUCGGCUUCAUCACGGACAGACACCAGAUUUGCGUGGGCAUUACUCGUUGUCAGUAUGGUCUGGUCAUUGUAGGGAACAAAGAACUACUGAGCCAUGACCCCACUUGGGAGAAGCUAAUAAAUCAUUUUGAGAUCGAAGGCUGUGUGGUAGAGGAGAGGGAAAUGGAAUUAUAGUGUUUUAUAUCACUUUUCGUUAUCUAUUUUAUACAUGUAUUACAGUGUAAAAAAUAUCUGCAUUUAUGAUUUUAUCUACCUAAAAGUUAGUUUGAAGUUUUAUUAUUAUCUUUAUGUCUGCAAAGCCAUGCAAGUCAAUAAUAAUGUUUAAGG